UGAAGCUUGAAACUCGAUGGAACCCUUAUUUUUUAUGGUCACUGUGAAUGUUAUUUACCCAAUCUUUUUAAUUCUUGAGUAGUAUAUAAGUUAUUUGAGUCAAAAAAGAAAAAGAGUAGUGUACGUUACAUCAAUUUCAAUCAAUACUAUUCAUAUAGUUUCAAGAAGCUGAUUUGAAAUUUUGAAAGAUAGAGAGAAGACUUGUGUGAUAGCUGAAAAUGACAAUUGAGACUCUUGCACCAAAGUCAGAGAAUAGGAAAACAAGGAAGAACAAGGAAGUUGUUGAUGAGAAUGCACCUUUGAUACCUAAGCCUCAAGAAGCAGAUGCUGAGUUUCACGAAUUCAAUGGAGCUUCGUUUUCUGGUGCUGUUUUCAAUUUGUCCACAACAAUUAUUGGGGCUGGAAUCAUGGGUUUACCGGCUUGCGUUAAAAAGUUAGGGCUGGUGCCUGGUCUUCUUGCCAUAUUUCUAGCAGCAUUAUUGACAGAGAAGUCAAUUGAGUUCAUGAUCAGGUUUUCUAGGGCAGGAAAUCUGUCUUCCUAUGGAAGUCUUAUGGAAGAUGCCUUUGGGAGAUACGGAAAAGCACUAGUGGAGUUUUGUGUUGUAAUCAAUAACAUUGGUGUUCUGACUGUUUACAUGAUUAUUAUUGGUGAUGUGAUUUCUGGAACAACUUCAAGUGGAAUUCACCAUCCUGGUAUCCUUGAAGGAUGGUUUGGUGUCCAUUGGUGGACUGGACGUGCAAUUGUUCUUGUUGUUACAACACUAUCUGUGUUUGCACCUUUGGUCAGCUUUAAGCGAAUUGAUUCAUUGAGAUUCACAUCUGCAUUGUCAGUUGGAUUAGCAGUUGUUUUCCUUGUCAUUGCUGUGGGGAUCUCAAUUAUCAAGAUUAUAAGUGGAGGCAUCGGGAUGCCGAGACUCUUCCCGAUCAUUACUGAUGCUGAUUCAGUUUUUGAUCUAUUUACGGUAGUUCCUGUGCUGGUGAAUGCUUACAUCUGUCACUACAAUGUUCACAGCAUAGAUAAUGAACUCGAUGAUUCCUCAUGGAUGCACGGGGUUGUGCGUACAUCCCUUACUCUAUGCUCUUCAGUGUACUUACUAACAAGCUUCUUUGGGUUCCUCCUAUUUGGUGACGAAACUCUCGAUGACGUGCUUGCCAAUUUUGAUACUGAUCUUGGAAUUCCUUUUGGUUCUGCGCUCAAUGAUGCCAUUCGUUUUAGCUAUGCUGCGCAUCUUAUGCUUGUAUUUCCUGUAGUCUUCUAUGCAGUGAGGAUCAACAUAGAUGGUCUCAUAUUUUCCUCAUCAAGUCCUUUGGUUGUUGAUAACUUCAGAUUUGCCUCAAUUACUAUUGCCCUUGUUGGUAUUAUCUUCACGGGAGCAAAUUUCAUACCUAGCAUUUGGGAUAUUUUCCAGUUCACUGGAGCAACAGCUGCUGUUUGUGUAGGAUUCAUAUUUCCAGCGGCAAUCACACUUAGGGAUCAAUACAAUAUAGCAACUAAAACAGACAGAAUUCUAUCUAUCUUUAUGAUAGUCCUGGCAGUCUUCUCAAGCGUUGUGGCUAUAUACAGUGAUGCCUAUGCCUUGAUCAAGAAGAAUACAUCUAAAGGUGAAUAAUUUCUUGAUUUGAUAGCCAAACAAUAGAGGUAGUUCCGUACUUUUAGAUGAAAGGAACAUAAUUUGCAAUGGUUAUGUAAAAUCAGUUUUUUUUAGCGGGUCUGAUGGGUUGAUUAUUAUAUAAACAAAGCUACCAUGUGUACAAUUAUUCUUCAAAAGUGUAUGAAGAAAGCCUUUGACAUGUUCAACCUUGUUUGUAAUAGAAUAGAGUAGUGUUAUUUGAACAUCACAAAUUCAGAUCAUCAUAUAAAAAUACACUCAACACAGCUGUUGACGUGACUGGAAGAGAGAAUAAAGUAGAAAACACAAUCUAUGUAUAUGGUGUUCAACAAAUAUUUGUUGUCAAAAUAUCAUUUCUAUUGUAAUACGCUAUUUGCUGUUGUAAUUGUGGAAGUUCUUGUUGAAAGUGACUCCAUUUCCUGAGUUUCAUCUCCCUCAAUAAUGUAAGAGAAGCAUCUGUUGGCACUUUUAUGCAGUACCAUUGGCACUUGCUGAAUUAUGGAUUUGAAAAUGUGUGGCUUGUUAAUAGUUUGUUUUCUAAAUUUUCCUAGAAAUUGAGCUUUUGGUGCACUUCAUAGUAUUGCACAAUUCUUAUGUAAUUAUUAAAUAUUUUUUUCCUGAUUAA